UCUUUGAUAUCCCUCCCUCCUCUCCGUCUUUUCCCAGCAUCCCUGCGCCAUGUCGUUCUGGAAAGAAGCGUGCCUGAACCUGCGUCAUGCCGUUCCCAAGGCCGGGAACAGCAUCGGUCGCACUCAAUCCAAGAGAAUCCUCACCUCUUCCUACUCGACUCAGACACCCCGAGUGAUUGCCUCAAGCAGUUUCUCCAUAAACGCCCGGAGGAACUUCCUGAGCCAACAGUCAUGGAUGGCUCGCCGCAGCUUUUCCGUCACGGCCGGUGCUCAACACGGCCAUAUCACGCCGCCAAAGCCCGGGGAGGAGAUUAACGUGACUUUCGUCGACAAGGAUGGCGUGAAGAUUGAUCUCCAGGUCUCCGAGGGCGACAACCUGCUAGAUAUCGCACAGGCAAACGAUAUCGAGAUGGAAGGUGCUUGUGGUGGCUCAUGCGCCUGCUCGACUUGCCAUGUGAUCGUCGAGGACCCGGACAUGUUUGAUAAGAUGGAAGAGCCGUCGGACGACGAGAACGACAUGCUGGAUCUGGCGUUCGGUCUGACGGAGACCUCCCGGUUGGGAUGUCAAGUGGCCAUGAGCAAGGACCUCGAUGGCCUCGUGGUCCGGCUGCCGUCGAUGACUCGGAACUUGCAGGCAAGCGACUUCGAGCCCAAGAAAUAA